AUGCGUUACUCCAUUCUCUUCACUGCGGCGACAGCAGCCGUUUUAUCGGCUGCGGCACCAGCAUCUAGUGAGAAUGACCAAGAGAUCUCCCCCCGUCAAGUCCAAUGCGCACCCUUGCCUUCUCCCUUCCCGACCUGGCAACAACUCCCACUCCAGUCCUCGCUCCCUGACCCCUUUUUACCGUUAAAGUACACCACCACCGACAACGCCGCCGGUUCCUCGACCUUUGCCCGCGAUGUCAUGACCGGCAACGCCCCCAACCGCAUCAGGUCCCGUGCUGAGUGGUACCAGUGCCGCCAACCCGAGAUCCUCCAGUUCCUCCAAGAAUACCAAUUCGGGUACUACCCCGACCCAACCCAGGAAAAGGUCGAAGCCACCCGGUCAGGCACGACCCUGCAAAUCACCGUCACGGGUCCCCAAAACAAACGCGGCUCCUUCAGGGCCACCAUCCAGCUGCCCUCCGGAGCGAGCAGCUCCCGUCCGGCGCCCGUCGUGAUCAACAUAGGCGGCAUGCAAAACCAGCCCUACCUCCAAGCCGGCAUCGCCGUCGCCCAGUUCGACUACACCACCGUGGCCCCCGACAGCAACUCCAAGACGGGAGUCUUUUGGAGCAUCUACAACGGCCGCGACAUUGGCGUCCUGACCGCCUGGGCCUGGGGCUUCCACCGCACCCUCGACGCGAUCCAGCUCACCGUCCCAGAGAUCGACCCCUACCGCGUCGGUGUGACUGGCUGCUCCCGUCUGGGGAAAGCCGCCCUGGUCGCGGGGCUGUUUGACAAGCGCAUCACCGUCACCAUGCCCAUGUCUUCUGGCGUUCAGGGGUUGGGACCGUACCGGUACUUUACGCUGUCCGGGCAGGGGGAGAACCUCGAGAACAGCAAGCAGGGUGCCGGGUGGUGGUCGAAUUCCAAGCUUGGGAGUUUUAUGAACCACCACGAGAACCUGCCCUUUGACGCGCACACCAUUGCCGCUGCCAUCGCUCCGCGGGCGUUGAUUAUCGACCAGGGAACGGGCGACCAGUUUGUGAACAGCAAAGGGACGGCAACCGUCAUUUUCCCAGCGGCCAAGGUGGUGUAUGACUGGCUUGGGGCGGGGGACAAGAUUGGAAUCAAUGUCAGGAGCGGAGGACAUUGUGAUAUGAGCGGAUUGUACGUUUUCCGCAUGCCUGAUCAAUUUGUGUGGACGGAAAUGCUGACCGAAGCAGUAACGGGAUCCUGCCCUUUGUGCAAAAGAUCUUUUUCAACACCACCACCACCAGAAACUUUCACAGCCUGGGCACCUACAACACACCCCUGGCCACAUCGUACCCUUGGGCAACUGCCGUUCCGCAGGCGUAGGCUGGGAAAUUCAAGAUAG